AAGAAGAAGCAUACCAUUGUUUGGCCGCCCUGGUGGGUAGCAAGGAUAAAGUUUUCAUAAAUCAAACCAAAUUAUUGCAUGAAGUUACAUGGAAAACAGUUAUGCAAAUUGCCAAAAAACAUACGAAAAAUGCCGUUUCAUAUUUUCAACGUAUCUGUCCAGGCGUUAAGCUGGAACGUGUUUUUAUGGAUUGGUGCUGGUGGAUAUUAGCUGGUCUACCCUUCCAGCAUUUAGUACGCAUUAUGGAUUGUUUCUUUCAUGAAGGCAUUAAAGUUCUUUAUCGCAUUGCCCUCGUCAUUAUCAAUUUAUUCCACAAGGAAUGUCAAUCGAACAACGAAUGGAGUCCAGAUAAUAUUAAAAAUGACAUUGGCAAUGCUUUAAUAAAAUUCUGCAAAAAAAUCCCAGUAUCACCGGCCAAAUUAUUACAUGCCGCUUUUAGUAUUAGGGGACUAAGUUCCACAUAUAUUUCUAGAAUAUUUUUAAAGACUGAAAUGCUAUUGAAAAGCCGUUCCGUUUUAAAUACGGGUAAUAAAACAUUAGUUAAAUCGCGUUCCAGCGAUAAUUUACCAACAAGUCAAUCCCAAGUCAAUAUACAAAUGAUGUCACACACAUUAACCAUAAGAGAGUCACAUCACACCGAAACUUGUCGGAACUUGGGUGAAAAAUCACCCGGCCAUCGUGCCAUUGCCAUGGGUGUCUAUCCCAUACAUCAGUUGAAAUCUUUAGUCUGUGCAAACGAGGAUUUGUUUACCUUAUGGUCAUGGCUUCCUGUGCGAAUAACAAUGUAUCAACCCGUCUUAUUGUAUACCACCGAGGAACAUGGCUGCUCCUUGACAACUUUCUAUGUUCGCGUUGAACAGCAUGAACCGACACUGAUGAUGAUAAAAACGUGCAAUAAUGAGGUCUUUGGAGCCUAUUGUUCAUCCCGUUGGUUCGAACGUAAUGUUAAAGAUGACAAAGGCCAACGACAGGCCUACUUUGGUACGGGUGAAACAUUCUUAUUCUCUCUAUAUCCCGAAAGAGCCAAAUAUCCAUGGGUGGGUAUUGAAAAUGACAAAGAUUUGGGACACGCUUCAGAAUUGUUUAUGGCGGCCGAUUCGAAAAUGAUUACCAUUGGAGGAGGUGAGGGCCAAGCUAUUUGGAUGGAUGAAAAUAUACGCUUUGGCAAAACCGACAGCUGUAAAACAUUCAACAAUCCACCGCUAUGUCCGUCGGGUGAUUUUGAAAUACGUGUCCUUGAAGUCUAUGGUUUUGUGGGUGUUUAAGACCUCAACUACUCCAUGGAGUAU